AUGCACGCUGUGUCGCAGGUGGCGUGGGCAGCCUCCCACGCCGAGCGUGGCCGCCGCUCUCCACGGAGCGCCCUGAAGAACUUGGAAACCGGCAGAAGCACUCCAGGAGUAAAGAUGUUUUUUGGCCGUGAAAUUAUCGAUGUGGAAUUGCUGGAUGAACCAGAGUCAGGGAACGGAACAGCAAUGCUUUCUGAGUUCACUUCAGGUGUUGAAGGGAACAAACAAGCAGACACAGGACCAGCAGCAGAUUGUGGCGCACGGAGUUCUCCUUGCGUUUUCCUAGAGAGCCAGCUCAGAGCCUCAAAUAGCUUAAAAUACUCCCUUUCAGAGAAUAAGGAAGAAGAGAAUGUGGAGUACACAGUUGUUGAUUGUUUCCAGCAGAAAUUUGGCCCAGCAGUGCUGCACCUAAAACAGCAGUGUGUUGUCAGUAUAGCAGCAGAAGGUGUUAAUUUGUGUCGUCAUGGAAAACUCUCAUGGCUUGAGAUAGCAACAAAGAGCCGUAUUUUUCUAUUUGAUAUCUUCCGACUGGGACCUCAGGCUUUCAAAAAUGGAUUACAAAUGGUGUUGGAAGAUAAAAACAUCUUGAAGGUUAUGCAUGACUGCCGCUGGAUCUCGGACUGCCUCUUUCACCAGUAUGGUGUCCUUCUCUUCAAUGUCUUUGAUACACAGGUUGCUGAUGCUCUGCAGUUCUCAAUGGCAACAGGUGGCUUCCUUCCGCACCGUGUCUGCACAUUACAGGAGUGUUUGAUGCAGCACUUGAAGAUACCUUCCAAAUGGGAUGCCAUCAUGAAGUGCACGCAGCAGAUGGCUUCAGAGAAUCCUGACAUAUGGUUCUUGAGACCCCUUCCAGCUUCUCUGCUUAAAGCACUUGCUCUGAGGGCUAUGUACCUUCUGCUGCUCCACUCAUCUCUGAUGGAUAAUUUGAUGUCUGACCUAACGGCUGUAGUACAUGAUUAUUUAAAUGCUUAUAGGACUGGGUCUGGAGAUCACCUUGGGAGCACAAAGCCCACUUGCAUGGAGCUGCCAGAGGAGCUCCGUCAGCUGGCAGACAUCCAGAAGCUGCGAAGGGACAAAGCAAUAAAAGACUACAAAAUGAAUGAGGAUGGUCUUUUGAUCAGACCAGCCAUGGAAUUAAAAGAGAGAAACGAUCCUCAGAAGGAUGGAAACUACAGAGACGACGAUUGCUUUCCCAAAAGUAAAGUGGUGUCUCAAAUCACAUCAUGCUACAAUCAGGAUGUACUUUGUCAAGAAAAGCUUGAAAAUCAAAAUCAAGUGGUAAAUCUGUGGAAGAACCUUAAACUGACCUCAAGCUAGCUGUACGAAUCUAAUUUCUGAUACAGGUGACUUGAUGAGCUUAGACUGGGUAUUUGAAGACAUCCAAAUGAAAAAAGGGGCUAUUCCCCAUGCAGAAGUGUCAAACAAAAGCUCCUUUCUUUACAAUGACAGGUAAACCCAUUGUUGAAUGGAAAUAAUGAUGGUCUUUCGUACAAAGGAAAUUCCUUCUGUGUCUGACUGUUCUUCUU